UUCCCCGUGCCUGUGCCCGUGCCUGUGCGUGCGUGUUGUUUUUGCGCCAUAUUAUGUCCUCGGAAGUGGUAGAUCCCGUUGAGCAAAUGCUAAAGACCACCGGUUGCAUCAACCUUCAUCACAAAGUGCAGGAGUGCAUCGCGGAAACCGGGGACUGGCGGCUGUGCCAGGAGGUAGUGCGAGAGUUUAAAGCGUGCAUGCAAGACUACACGGAUAAGCAGCGGGCAAAGUACGCGGGGAAAUGAGGGCCUUCCGUACGCUGCUCGCUGUCCGCUGUGGCCGUGGCGAUCCGCUGAAGAUGGUGCUGGUGGUACGCACGGAUUUGGGGCUGAAGAAGGGCAAGAUUGCAUCACAGUGCGCCCACGCGGCCGUCAUGUGUUGUAUGAGGGCGGCGACGGGCGGGAAGGACGCCCGCCAGCAGCUUGACUCCUGGCUCGCACAAGGUCAACCAAAGAUCGUACUGAAGGUGGACGGUUCGGAAGAGUUGCAUUUACUAACCCAUCGGGCGACGGCGGCCGGUGUGAUCGCUGAGCUUGUACGAGAUGCCGGAAGAACGCAAGUGGCCAGCGGAACCGAAACCGUGCUUGGGCUGGGCCCGGAACGUAGCGAAGUGAUCGAUAGCUUGGUGGGGGACCUUAAGUUGCUGUAGAAGAUGAGGGAGGAGGAUGGAUUGUAAAUAGAUAGAUCGUUGUUAGAUGGAA